GAAGUUACGUCACUUCCGCCUACGUCCGGGAGUUCAGCUGGCGCUAAAACAAACGAUCACAGUCAGUAAUAAUGGUGUCAGAGAGAGAUACGACGCGCAUUCGCAGGUUCGUGUGCGGGCAACUCCGUGGCGAACCGGACCUCAGCUCACUGACCAUAGGAAUAUUAAAGAAGAGAUAUUUGGCGCACGUGGGAUGUGACUCAUUAAGUCCAGACGCCAGGAAUUACAUGAAACAGGUCGUUCAACAGGAACUGAUGAAAAUGCAGGACAGUGACAAAAGUGGAAGUGACCAGGAAACCAAGAAACCGCAAAACAAACGGAAGAGAGAAAAGGAAGAUGUGAUAACAAGUGAGAGUGAAGAUGAAUCCGAAGCAAAGAAAGCUCGCUGUCAGUCAAGCUCGUCAUCUGAAUCGGAGGACAAAAAUGACUGCAAAUCAGAGAGUGAGGAAAGUGAAGGGGAAGCUCAUAUUCAGCUUGGAUCUAAGGAUACAAAGAAAGAGGUGAAAAAAUCUCAGCCCAAGACAAAUGGAAACGAUGAACAGCAGGUAACCAGUAAAGACUCCAAUGAUGAGGAAAGUAAUGAGUCAGAAAAAGAAGGAAAUCAAACUGACUUUGAGGACAAAUUGAAAAGAAAAGUAAAGAAGAAAGCAAAUACUACAAAUAAUGGGGAAACAAAAAGCAGCAAAACAAAUAAAGAAAAGAAAACAUCAGAAAGCGAUGACGAGAAUCAAACUGACACAGACAAAUCAGAAUUGAGCAGCAAGAUCAAGAAUAAUGAUUCCUCAGAUGAGGAUAAGAAAGAGUCUGCAGAGAAGAAAAAUAAUGAAUCUGACUCUGAUUCGUCAUCGCUCCCCUCGCUGGAGGAUGAACAAAGUGGUGGGAUGGAAACGAAACAAGACAAUAAAAAGAGAAAAAUUGCUAAAAAAGAUGAGAGCACCAGAGAUCAAAAGGAUGAAAACAAGGCCAUAGUGAGGCUCAAACGCUACAUUGCUCUCUGUGGCGUGAGGCGGAAUUACAAGAAGCUCCUUGAUGGCUGUCGCUCUGUUCGCUCCAAGGUGGCUGUUCUGAAGAAAGAGCUUGAGGAUCUUGGUGUCCACGGUAACCCAUCUAUUGACAAAUGCAAAAAAGUCAGAAUGAAGAGAGAGGAGGCACAGGAGCUAGCUGACCUUGAUGUCAGCAACAUUAUUGCCACACAAGGUCGCCCUAAGCGCAGAGGAGCCUCUGUAUGGCAGGAACCAAAGGAACCUCCAUCCUCUGCAUAUAAACGCACUCUGAACUCGGACUCAGACAGUAAUGAAGAAAACAAUGGCCACAGAGGGCACAGAAGAGCGACGGACUGGGCCAACCUGCAAGGGAUUAUCAGUGAUGAUGGGGAGAGUGACUGACAGAGAUAUAGUCCUCCUCCUAGACUACUUGGACAUGUAUACUUUUUGUGUGUGUAACUGUGUAUAUUUUAAUUCAAAUUUCUAAAGAUAAAAACCUAUGUGUAAAGUUUUUUUUAAUAAAAUUAUUUGAUACUUUGUGGGUAGUGUUCAAACAGAAGCACAGAUGUUAUGCUUAAAAUGUUUUUCAUAAAGACUUGAAAUGAUCUGUUUCAUACUACUAAAAAUAUUCACUGUUUUGUCAUUCAUAAAUAAAUUUAUAUACAUUUUC